AGAUAGUAUGUGGCUUGUGGCCUCUUGGCUGCUCCUGGCACAUGGUACCGCGAGAGCGGCGGGCGGCUGCAGCCCGUAGAAGCGUCCGACGCGGUGUGGUGGUGGGCCGGCGGCGCGGCGCUGUGCGUGACGCGCGCGGCGCCGCCCCACGCGGGCGCGUACCUCUGCAAGGCCUACAACGUGUACGGCGACGCCACCGCGCAGACCAGGCUCACCGUCACCGACACGCUCACUGUCGCUGCCACUCCGGCCGUUGUGGUGGCGGACAUGGGCAGCAGCGUGCGGCUGAACUGCAGCGCGAGCGACCCUGUGGCGCGGGUGUCGUGGCUGCACGACGGCGCGGCGGCGGGCGCGGGCUCCGAGCUGGCGCUGGCGGUGACGCGCGCGCACCGCGGCCUCUACCAGUGCGUGGCGCGGCGAGGCGUCGACAACGCGCACGCUGACGUCGAACUCAGGCUAGGCGAGUCUGGUCCGGAGCUGCAUUACACGUUCAUCGAGCAGGCGCUGCGAGCGGGUGGCGGCGUGUCGCUGCGCUGCGCCGCGUCCGCCGCGCCGCCGCCGCGGUUCCAGUGGCUGCUGGACGGACAGCCCAUCGACCAACACCGGGCGCAGCACAGAUACUUCAUAAGCGAGGAGACGUCUGCGAACGGCGACGUGGUGUCCACGCUGAACGUGAGCGCCGCGUCGGCGGCCGACGGCGGGCGGUACACCUGCCGCGCGCACAACGAGCGGGGACACGCCGACCACUCCGCCAGGCUCAACAUAUACGGGCCGCCGUCGAUCCGCGCGCUGGGCCCGGUGCGCGUGGUGGCCGGAGCCAACGCGACCGUGUACUGCCCCUACGCCGGAUAUCCGAUCAGCUCGGUGUCGUGGUGGGCGCGGGGCGCGGGUCGCGCGGUGGGUGUCGCGGGGCGGGUGUCGGCGCGCGGCGGGGAGCUGCGCCUGCGGCCCGCGCUGCCCGCCGACGCCGGCCACUACGCCUGCGCCGUCACCGCGCCCGGAGGCGCCGCCGCGCGCAGGGACAUCGAGAUACAAGUCCGCAAUCCACCCAAAAUAUCGCCGUUUAUGUUUUCAUCUGAAUUAACGGAAGGUAGUUCUGUGCAAGUCUUAUGUGGCGUGUCGUCAGGUGACAAACCGAUGUAUUUCUCGUGGCUCAAGGAUGGAGCCCCUCUGCCGCCUAAUUUACAAAUCGAAGAGAAAAGUUUGAAUGAGUUUUCUCUGCUAAUGUUUUCGGAUCUAUCGGCUCGCCACAGCGGUGACUACACCUGCCGAGUAUCCAACCACGCAGCCACCGUCAACUAUACUGCCACACUCAGCGUGAAAGUGGCGCCCGUGUGGGUGAAGGAACCUCUUGAUGCAGCAGUGCUCCUAGGAGCUCCUUUGAACGUGGAAUGUACAGCCAAAGGAUAUCCAAUCCCCACAGUCACAUGGUAUAGAAAAAUCGGUGAUGGCAUAUCGUUAUCACCGGAGAGCUCUGAACAAUGGCAAUUAUUGGAAAGUAUGCUGUGGGAUGACAAAUCCAGAAGUGGAACUGUUCGUGCACAUAAUGGAACACUGUCGGCAGCUGUAGCUGCUCGGAGUCACCAAGGAGUAUAUCGUUGUAUCGCUGAUAAUGGCGUGGGACCGCCUCUUUUAAAGCAUAUAAAUCUAACUGUACACGAACCAGCACAUUUCGAAGGAUCUGGAGGCAACGUUUCAAGUGUUCGGGGACAAAGUGCGUCUCUAUCGUGUCACGCACUCGGUGACGCUCCUCUUACCAUACAUUGGACUCAUAUGGGUACAAGGCUCGACCUUAAUUCUUACAGAUGGACGGUAUCGGAGGUGCGAACGGCGGAUGGCCUGCGCUCAAUGCUGCAACUGCGCGCUGCUGAGCGUGUCGACUCUGGCGAGUAUCGGUGCCAUGCUCACAACCAGUUCGGAAGGAGUGAAGUUCUCAUGUAUCUGCAUGUAGAAGAACCUCCAGAAGCACCGAAAUCGAUAAGACUGGGCGGUGUGGAAUCGCGCUGGAUCCGCCUCAUGUGGCGGUCGGCUAAGAACACCGGUGUAUAUUACAGUGCAUUCUUCACAGCACUGCACGCACUGCCUGGAGUGGACUCCAAGCAUAUAACCACUAACCUUACUUUAGAUACCGUGAACAACGAUAGAGUGGACGCUGACGGAUUGCGAAGCUUAAGCGCUCGUCUUGAUGGUCUUCGCCCAGCGGCGGCAUACUCCUUACGGAUAGCCGCUACAAAUCACGUGGGCCAGUCGCCACACUCCGAUCCUUUACUUUUCACUACUCUUGAAGAACCUCCGAAUGCUUCACCGCAGAACGUUCGUGUGCGACCGGCCAGUGUGGGAGAACUUCACGUAUCUUGGUCUGCUCCGCCUCAAGACGGUUGGAACGGAGAACUGCUGGGCUACGUGGUGUCAUGGCGGGAGCUCAGUCACUUCGAUGGGGACGGCGGUGAAUCGAGGAGAUCAGGAGCCGCCACCUCCCCGGGUUGGAGCAGCGGGGAACUAGCGGUGGGGGGACUGCGUUCCUUCGCGCGAUAUGCCGUCAUUGUGCGAGCGUACAACUGCGCCGGAGCAGGACCUCCUUCUCCAACUGUCUACGCUACCACGGCUGAUGGAGUGCCGGAGGUGCCCCCAUUGUCGGUGUUCUGCGAGGGGGUGUCGGCGCGGGCGGUGCGCGUGCGGUGGGCGCCGCCAGCAGGCGCGCAAGCCACGCGCGGGUACGAGUUGCAGUACGCGCCAAUGCAGCUCUCGCCCGGUGGAGCUGGCGGGGACGUGCAGACCGCUCGCGCAGGCGCCGAGGGAGAAGCGAUGCUGCAGGGGCUGCGCGCCGCCACCAACUACUCCGUGUGGGUGCGGGCCCGCUCCGGCGCCGGCCUCGGCCCGCCCGCGCCGCCCGUCUACUGCCACACCAGGGAGGAUGUGCCCGGGCCCCCGGAGGCGAUCCGCGCGCUGGCGGCGAGCGCGGACUCGGUGCAUGUGACGUGGCUGCCGCCGGCCGACUACAGCGGCCGCAUCACGCACUACAUGCUCUACACCAGGGAACUCGGCAAGUGA